AUGCUUGAACUUGCUCAAAGUUUAAUAUUAAACGACGAAGCACUUAAUAGUUUACCAGAAAAUAAACGACCUGUAUUUAUUUAUGAAUGGCUUUGUUUUUUAAAUAAAGUACUUGUUGCUGCUCAAAAAAAUGAUAUUCGUGAAUGUCAACCACGUAUUGUUGAACAACUUAUGCAACAAGUUCAAUAUGCACCUGGACCACCUAUACGAACAUUAAUCGGUCGAAAUCUAGCAACAUUAUUUAGUGUUGGAGAUCCAUUUCCAUUAUUUAAUACAGUUAAUCGUUGUAAUGAUACAUUAAAAUCUAAAGAUGAAGUUUCGAAAUUAGCUACAGUAGUUGUUAUAGGUGCAGUUUAUGAACGUCUUGGUCGAUUAGUUGGUCGUUCCUAUGAAGAAACUGUUCAAUUGUUACUUAAAACAUUAAAAAAUGGUGAUUCACAAAUGCGUUUUGAAAUUAUGUUUACACUUGAACGUAUUGUUAAUGGACUUGGUUCAGCUGGAAAUAAUAUACAUCGAGAAAUAUUCAAGGUUGCUAAAACACAUAUAUGUGAUCGUGCAAUGCCUGUUCGAUCAGCUGCUGCAAUGUGUCUUGUUGCUUUAAUUAAUCAAAACAACUUUAUGUAUACAAGUGAAUUAGAAGGAAAUGUAACAUUAGCAUUUCGUGCACUUGAUGGAUCAAAUUAUGAAGUUCGUUGUUCAGUUGCAAAAUAUUUAGCAGCAUUAUUAGCGGCAACACAAGAUAUCGCUUCAAAUGCAAAUCAAAAUACGAUAAAUAGAUCGAAUGCUAAUACAGCAAAUACGAAAAAGAUAAAAACAGAAGAUAUCUUAAAUUAUUUAGCUGGAGGUUUUUUACGUGGUAAUAUUGGAUUUUUAAAAUCAAAUACAACAGAACGUAUUAAAGGACCAACAACAGUACAACGUGAAAUACGUAUUGGUGUUACUCAUACUUAUGUCGAAUUAGCACUUGUUCUUGGUACAUCAUGGAUUGAACAAAAUUUAUCAUUAUUUAUUAAUCAUGUACUUGAAUUAGCUGGAAAUCCUCGUGCAUCAACAUCACAUGUUGAUGCUGUUUAUUCUCGUAAAUGUAUUACGUUUAUUCUUCGUUCUGUUAUUGGUUCACGUCUUGGUGAAAAAGCUCAAUUUGCUGCUGCAAAAGAACUUGCUACAAUUAUAACACGUUAUACAACACCACAAUUAUUACCAAAUAAUAAUAAUAAUACAUCGCCAACAUCAGCAAAUGAUUUAAAUAUAUCAACUGGUUCAUCAUCACUUAAUUCAAGUACAAAUUCUAUGAUACAAUCAUAUGGUUCAUCAUCAACAAAUACAUUUGAAUCAUCAUCAUCAAAUAUUGAAUAUACACAACAUAUACUUAUUUGUGCUUUACAUGAACUUAGUUUAUUAGUACAAAGUAUUGGAACAUCAACAACAUUAUUACUACAAGAUAGUUGUAAUGGUUUAGUUGAUACAUUAUUUCUAGUUAUUCUUAAUCCAUCACAUUCAGUAAGAUUAUCAGCAGCAUGGUGUCUUCGUUCGAUUACAACAGCAUUACCAUCACUUAUGACAAAACUUAUUGAUCAUUGUUUAACUAAAAUGAAAGGUUUAGCUAAACAAUCAACUUCAUAUAAUACAGAUGCAAUGUCAGGAUUUGCACUUGCAUUACAGGCUUUACUUGGCGCUGUUUAUCGAUGUCCAUUAGGUAUUCCAUCACAACGUGCAAAAACUAUAUUCGAUUUUGCUGAUGAUCUUCUUCGUACAGCUACAGUUUCGACAGCUGGUCAACAGCAGUCAUUAAUACCACGUGUUAUACUUCAACGUACUCAUACAGCAUGGCAUUUACUUGCUGCAUGUUGUACACUUGGACAAGAAGUUAUAAAAAAAUUUGUUCCACGUUUAGUUCUUCUAUGGCGUAAUGUAUUUCCACGAUCACAAGCUGAUUUUGAACAAGAAAAACAACGUGGUGAUUCAUUUACAUGGACACUUUCAUUUAAUCAACGUUCAGGUGCACUUUGUUCAAUGAUAUCAUUUCUAAAUAAUUGUUCAAUAGGUGAUGAUCAUUUAAUAACGGAUGAUUUACUUAAACGUAUGUUAAAUCCAAUUGAAAAUGCUAUUCUUGUACUUGUUCAUAUACCAAAUUUAAUUAAACAAUUUGGUCCACAAUUAAAAGCAUCAACAGCUAUGUUUCGUUUACGUUUAUAUGAACUUCUUCUAUUAAUACCAAUUAAAUUUUAUGAACAACAUUUUAAAGUUUUACUACGAGAAUUAGUUGCAGAAUUUACAUUAACCGAUAAUUCAUCAAAUACAACAACGUCUUUACUUCGAUCAGUUUGUCAUGAUAAUGAUAGUGUUUUACUUGGUAAUUGGCUUCAGGAAACUGAUUAUCAGAUGAUUGAAGAACAGCUUCAACCAAAUUCAGCUAGUGGUUCUGGUGCACUUGAACAUGAUGAAACCUUUCUAUAUCGUCGUGAUACAUCUUUAACUUCAUUUAAUAUCAUAAAUUAUCUUUUUCGUUCAUCAUCUACAACUGAUAAUAAUUCUAACAAUACGGAUUUUUCUCGUCCAGCUGAAUUAAAUAUUCCUGGACCAUUACCAUUAGGUGUUGCUGUUAUAGAUUCAUCAAUUCUUCUCUAUGGUACCAUGUUUAUUCGUGUACCAAAUAAACAUCGUUUAAAUAUGUUACAACAUUUUAUUGAUAUAAUAAAACAAUCAAAAAGUGCACGACAAGAAGCUGUACAAGUAAAUAUAUUUACAGCUGUUUUAACAGCAUUAAAAACAUUAGCCGAAACAAAACAAUCAUCAGCAAUUGAUGAUGAAAAUGUUAAAAAAUGUGCAUGUACACUUGUUAUGCAAGCUUUAAGUCAUCAAAAUCCUAUACUACGUUGUGCAGCUGGUGAAGCACUUGGUCGUUUAACACAAGUUGUUGGUGAUGGACGAUUUGUAGCUGAAAUUGCACAGAUAUGUUUUGAUCGUUUAAAAGAAUUACGUGAUGUACCAUCUCGUACAGGUUAUUCAUUAGCAUUGGGUUGUUUACAUCGUUAUGUUGGUGGUAUGAGUACAGGACAAUAUUUAAAUUUAUCUGUAUCAAUAUUACUUGCACUUGCACAAGAUCAAUCAGCAUCAAUUGUUCAAGUAUGGGCAUUACAUGCAUUAGCAUUAAUUGCUGAUUGUGGUGGACAAAUGUUUCGUUCAUAUGUUGAACCAAGUUUAGCACUUAUUUUACAUCUUCUUCUUUCAAUACCACCAUCACAAUCAGAUGUAUUUCAAUGUUGUGGACGUUUAUUAGGUGCAUUAAUAAUAACAAUUGGUCCUGAACUUCAAACAAAUACAAAUUAUAUAUCAAUAUUACGUUCAUCUUGUUUAACUGCUAGUAGUCUUUUACAAAUGCAUAUUGAACCUAUUGUUCAAGCAGAAGCUAUUCAAGCAUUACAACAAUUACAUUUAUUUGCUCCACGACAUGUUAAUUUAACAACAUUAGUACCUGAAUUAAUUCAAGCAUUAAAAAGUCGUGAUUUAUCAUUGAGACGUGCAUGUGUUUCAUGUUUAAGACAAUUAUCACAACGAGAAGCUCGAGAAGUUAGUGAACAUGCAAGAGUAUUUAUGAAAGAUAGAGCGCAAGAUUUAUCACAUGGAUUAUCACAAUUUCGAAGUCUUGAAGAAUUACUCUUUUCAAUGCUUGAUACAGAAACAGAUGUAAAAUUAUGUUCAAAUGUACAAGAUACACUUGGUUAUAUGUUACAAGCAUUAGGAGCUAGUCAUUUAACACAUUGGUUACAAUUAUGUAAAGAUGUUCUUGCAGCUACAACAGAAACAUCUGGUACAGGAGUAUCUUCUGAGGGUGAUCAACAACAACAAAGAACUUCAGGAUCAGCAAUAACAAAAUUAUCUUCACGGCCUACUGCUAAUAAUGAUGAUGAUGACGAUAAUUGUGGUCUUCGAGAUGAUGAUGAUAAUGAUUAUGCUGAUACAGGUGGUGAUGAACAAUUACAAACAUCAUCGAAUCAAAAUACAAUACGUCGUGCUACAUCAUCAGCAAAAUGGCCAACUAAAGUAUUUGCUGCUGAUUGUGUACAAAAAUUAAUAAAUUAUUGUGAACAAAUUUCAUCAUCGUCAUCAUCACCAAAUCUUCAUUUUAAUUAUAUAGCUGCUAAAGAACGUCUUCGUACAUAUCCAAAUGAAGAUUAUCUUGUUAUACAUUUAAAUACAUUAAUAACAUUUUCAUUUAUGUCAUGUACAUCAACAAGUGAUCAAUUACGUUUAUCUGGUUUAUCAUUACUUAAACAAAUCAUUGUUAAAUUUGCUCAAAUAAAAGAAGAUAUUGAUUUACCUGAUCAUGUUAUCCUUGAACAAUAUCAAGCACAAGUUGGUGCAGCAUUACGACCAGCUUUUUCACAAGAAACAUCAUCACAUGUUACAGCAAAAGCAUGUGAUGUAUGUAGUACAUGGAUAUCAAGUGGUGUUGCACAAAAUUUUAAUGAUCUUCGACGUGUACAUCAAUUACUUGUAUCAUCAUUACAAAAAUUUACUUCAAUUCAACAACAUAAAAAUGAUAUAUCAAUGAUUUAUAGUGAAAAUGCAUUAACAAUUGAAAAUUUAGCUGUAUUACGAGCAUGGGCUGAUGUUUAUAAUGUUGCAACAAAACGGCAAAAUGAAGAAAAAAAUAGUCCAAAUAGUAAUUUAUUAACACUUGUACAAUCAGAAUUAAAUGUAUUAAUACAUCAUUGGCUUGCUGCAUUAACUGAUUAUGCAUUUUUAAUUUUACCAAAUGAAUUUGGUGGCGGUGGUGGUGGUGGUACAGAUGAAAAUUCUAAUGGUGGAAAUUUUUAUUCAGCUGAAUCAAAUAUUGAUUUAACGCGAACAAUAUAUAAAGCAAAUUGGGCAUCGAUUAUGCAAGCAACAACACAAUGGCUUGGUGAACAUCAUUAUGAACUUGAAACAUUAGCACCAAAUCAAAAACUUAUUGGAUAUAUGCAAAGAGAUGUUCUUAUGACUAAGUUUAUUACAUCAACAUUAUCAAAUAAAAUUCGAACAUUUCCAGAAAAGAAAGAAGAUAUAUUUGCAGUAUUAUUAGGUUGUUGUAUUGAAGCACUUUCAAUUUCGAUUUCGGAACAAACAGAAGAAACUAUUGAAGAUCUUUUAUCAUCAUUAAUUAAUUUACUACAAGCUGAAAUAGCUACAAAACAUAUAACAAUGAUUGUAUUUAUAGAAAUACUUAAUGUUCUUCAUCGUCUUUAUUUUGCUCGAAGUGAUUUAAAAACUCAUGUAAGAAUUUUAAAAAUUGUCGAUAAAAUCUUUCAUAUUGUUCCAUCAUGUUCACAACUAACUACGACUUCUAAUGAAGAUCAUCUUAUACCUGGCGAAUCAUUUCUUUUCGCUUCAUUAGAAUUACUUGUUUGUGUUCUUAUAAGUUAUUAUCCACAUAUAGCUGGUGAUUUGCAAUUAGGUCCUAUAUUUCAAAUGAAAUUAUCAAUUAAAUCCAAUACAGAUAAUAAUCAAAUAAAUGAAUUAAUUUUAUUAAAUGUUAAACUUCUUAGUCAACUUAUUACAUUAUGUACUACAGACGAAGGUCUUCAAGCAUUAAUACCUGUUAUUCUUCAUUUAUUAUUAUCAAGUAGUUUUGCACUUCUUUCAACAAAAACUGAUGAACAAAAACAAUUAUUAUCAACAAUAAAUCAACUUCUUGACAAUAUUUUUUCGACAACAAUUGAUAAAAAUAUUUUAUAUUCUACAAUGAUUACAAUUAUUAGUUUUCGAACAAAUUUGAUCAAUAAAAGUAUAUCUGAUAAUGGACAUUUUGUUCAAUGUCUUACAUCGUUGAUUAUUAAUUCUACAUCAAUUAAUUUAACAGAUCAAUGUAUAGAUUUUUAUCAGAAAGCUUUUGAAGAUGAACAAACUGAGACUCAUAUUCGUGUACUUCAAUGUCUAAAUCAAUUAUUUCAAUGUGCAAAUAUUUCAAUACGUAAUCGAUUAAUACAAAUCUUUACACCAUUAUUAUUAAAUGAAAUAAAAAAAUUAAAUGAAAAUCAACAACAACAGGAAUAUAUCAUUGAAAUUUUAAUCAUUUUUGAAACACUUUUAGCAGCUGUUGAUUCAACAUUACGCGUACGUUUAGCAGAAUUAAUCAUUCCAUUAUUUAUAAAUUUUCUACCUGAUUCUACGACAACUUCUGUGCAAUCGAAUAAUACAAAUGCGCUUGUAAUAGCACAUGUAAUCAAACGUAUAAAACAUUUUAUUGAAACAUAUCCAAGUGAAGUUCGUCAUAUUUUUGAUAAAUCACCUGAUCUUCGAAAAAAAAUUGAAGACUAUCGUCGACAACAAGAACUUAAACAACAACAAAAAAAUGAACAAAAAUCAAAUUUAUCAUCGAAAAAUUCUUCGGCUUUUGUGAAUUCAACAUCACAAGCACCAUCAUUUCCACUUCGUAUUAAUUUUUCAGACUUUCGAUCACCAUAA